AUGCCCAGCUCUACCGAACUCAGAAUUGCCGAGGCAGACGAAACAAAAUCUUCAUCGGCAAAUCAGAAAGGUGCUGCUGGAUCUUCAUUGGCAUUUUCAUCUGUAUCUCAGCCCAACAACAGCGACUGGCGAAAUAUCCCCAGGAAGCAACGGCAUCGACAGCCCGAGUUCCACGGCAUCGAUGGUAAUUCGAAGCUCAAGCUUGCGAAACCAUUCACCAAGAAAGCCCGUCGCAUCAUUAUCAAGAAGACGGAGAAGUUGAUGCGCAGGCGCGACGCACUCGACAUCGCCGUCCUCACCGCAGCUGAGAAAACGAACCCGGGCCCGAAUGACUGGUUGCCACGAGACAAGCUACUGCGGAGCCUCGAGCAUCUGGAAAAGCGAGAGCGACGUCUCCUGAGAGUUCGCACCAACAAGCUGUCUGACCUCGAGAGACUAUACAGAUGGGACCCCACAGCCGACCGAGCCUAUGACCAUGACCUUUCCCGCAAGCUUCUUUGGAAGUUCAAGAGGAACCUUGGGCCACUCCUUGACGACUAUAUCAAGAACCCCCGAAAUAACGACGACGACGACGACGACGACACGAGCUCCUCAGGUUCAGAUUCAGAGCCCGGUGACGAAGUCGAAGAGGUGACAAUGAGCGGGGACGAAGUGGUUGGCGAGGGCGGGAAUAAACGAAAGAGAAACGAAGAAGAAGAAGAAUCUGCGGGCCCUCUAGUGAAAAAGCCCAAGAAGAACGCCAGGAAGGAGGCCAAAAAGGAGGCCUUAGAGAAGGCUAAGGAGGCCAAAAAGGCCAAAAAAGAGGCCAGGAAGAACGAUCCCCAGACCAAUGACAAUUAG